UAGAUAUUCAAUAAUAUGAAAAUAUCUAAACUAACAAAACAUGUUCAAAAUACUGAAAAUAUAUAUUUUCUCCAUCUAAAUAUUUAAACUGAACUAUUUUUUAAUGUAAAUUUAAGUAUUUAGUCUUCUAUUAUUCAUUUUUUUUUUCAUUAUUCAAAUUCUCAUGUUUUAUAUUAUUUUUAUUUUUGGAUUUUGAGGAUUAAAUAUAUUUAGAUUUUUGUUGAAAAAAUUAUUACAUAAUUAAAAUGUAUACAUGAACUCGAACCCGAACCGAACCUGCAAUGAUUUGAACCAAAUCCAAACCAAAUUAAAACCAAAAUUUGUAAAUAUCCAAAUCAUACUUAAAUUUCUAACUCUAAAAAUCUGAAAUCCGAAUAAAUUAACUGAAUCCGAACGAAUAUAUGAAUGUCUAUCCCUUGAAAAGCUAUAAGAUAAAUAGCUUAUUACAACAUAAAAUAAAUAUUUUAAUUAAUUAUUUCACUCCAUAUUAAAACAAAAAUAUGAAAACUUUAGUGCCCUUCUGACAAAAAAUGAAAAUACUUACUGCGCAUAUUAGAUAAUCUUCAUCGAUCAGAGAAGCCGAACAUACACUGCUCCUGAAUUUUUCCAAAUAAAUGAGGAUUCCUUUGUUCCAUCUUUCCCAUGCGUCUGUCUGUUCAAUGCUCUUGCCCAUGGUAUUUAAAUAUCAUAUUUUUAUUUUAAAAAAAAACAGAAAACAAAAUAGACACCCAAUGCCUUUAUGUGUCUCCUACUUCAUGAAUUAUUUUCUAAACAACCCAUAAAACUCAACCUCUCCCAUGUGCCCUCACAUGCUUUCCAAUGAAUUACCAGUCAAUUAAUUUAUUUUCUUUCAAGUUCCAUUGAGCGUUGUUUACAACAAAAAUAAGACGCCCACUUUUGAUAUCACGUUCACUAUGGAUCUCCGCAAAAGUAGAGCAACAACAACCACCGUUACUCUCUCAUGUCUUCUCCUCGUUUCUUCAUUCUACACUCUCUCCACCGCAAAAUCAGCCACAAAUCCACCCUCGUACCAACUCUUUCUAUUUGUAGGAUUCGUUCUAGCCGCAGCUUUGUCGCUUCUGAUACUUGUCACUGCUGCACGAGCCACCAUGGUCGCGUGGAUAACAGUGAUCGUCUUGCUGGCCUUCUCGGGUACACGCCGCCGUGUUCUGGCGAAGCAGGGAAAGAUGAUAACGACGGACGUGGCUAUGUGCUUGGUCAGGGUUCUGAUUAGUGAGGCAGAUCCUCGUGGUUAGUCUGAUGGGGUUGGUACGAUGUUAAAGAGUAUUUACUAUAUACAUAUUAUCCUUGUAUAUAACUUCAAAUUAUUCGUUUUGCGAAUGAUUUUCGGUUUUGUUUUUAUUAUAAUCAAAUGUAAGUUUCUAGUAUCUAUAUAUAUGUGUGUGUGGAAUUUUUUAAAUGUU